AUGAAUCGUAGUAUGCAAGAGGAGUUCACUGAGUUGACGUCGUUGAACAGCACCAGUGGCUUUUCGCGAAGCGAUGAAACCACGCGACAUCGACCGCCCAUCAGCGCUCCGUUCCCGAAACCGAUCUCUGCCUCGGACGUCACAAACACGAGUGUUCCUAUCACAGCCGGCGAACAGCCGGACACGAUACUAGGCGAUGAUGGUAGAGCAUCUAGGCGAUCCACCGAUUUUUCACUCUUCUUCGCCUCAACGACCUUGUCGAUGAUACACGGCGUCGGAUAUCAGAAGCGAAGGCCGCCAACAAACCAGAGCACAGCCAGGGGGACGGCUGAGUGGGGAGUCACUCGUCAUCCACUAUCUAUAGAAUCCAGUGGCAAGUUCCUUUCUACGUUUCCACCCAAUUACGACAUGCAUGGGCUGGGUGCAGAUGCGUCAUCGUCGUCAACGCCAUCGCCGAACUCGAUUCGAUUGAUGACGGCUGAAGAAAUGCAACGAUGGCAUGAGAAAGAGACCCGUGAACACAAAAAAGCGCAGUCACAUCUGAGUGGUGGACGUCGAAGAGAGCCUCUGCCGGAUGGUCCAAGAGUAGAUGACGAGAAGUCUUUCAGAAGUGAACCAAAUUGCACUUACUCGACGAACUUGCAGCCAGUUGCCCUCACGAAACGUGCGGGAAACUUCGUCCGCAAGGUUUUGCAACCGGCAGCAGCUGCAAAAGCGGAUAACCGUCAUCGAGAACAAGCCGGCACCGUCAGAUGCCGUGUCAGACGACCAGUCCAUCCUCGCGUCAAGAAGACUCGCGAGUCGUCUGUCGAAUCCAGCCAAACCACAGAGGAUGUUACGAGUUACUCACCGCAGAAACGAGUUCACCUCAUUGAGACGAAACUGUUGACCACGCAGCACAGAGGAGAUCGUCUUCCACCAGGUUUACCACCGAAAUUCGACCAAAAACCACCGCCAGGACGACCUCCGAAGACGCGAAAUAUUCCUGUUGUGAUGAAUGGUCGGUCGAUGAACUAUGACAAUCUGAAUGGUGUUGGCGCAGGACGUGUCCCACCUCCAGUACCGCCCAAACCGCGAAUGACGACAUCCCGGCCAUCGUCGAUAUCGCCUCCGCCGCCGACGUCAGCUACUCGGCCACCCCUCGAGAAGGACUCGCCCGGUUUUGCUCCGUCUAUCACCCGUGGAAGUCUGUUCAGCUCGUCGAAAAAGGAGGAGAUUAUCAAAUUUUAG